CAAUGACGGAAACUAGUGUAAUCAAUUCUUCAAAUAACAAUAAAACUCUCUGGUAUGAACCAUUUUUGGAUCGUGGUAUUAUUCCCGAUUUUAUUAUGCGUCUUGGUGUGAGAAAUUUACUACAAGAUAGAUUGAAAGAAAUUAAUCUUGACGAUGUACAAAAGAAUAAGCAAAGAAAAACAUUAUACAUUAAUCAACUAAAAGAAAGACCUAUUGCUGAGCACACAAAUAAAGCUAACGAACAACAUUAUGAG